AUGCUGGACGAACUUAUCUUCUUUUUUUACGGCUGGAUUCUCGGCGCCGUGGCGGUGCCGGUGUUCUACCUUUACGGAUCUGACAACCUCGCGCGCAUCGCGUCGAUCUGCAACUCGGUGCUGCUCUACCUGUACAAGAAAUUGACCGGCCGCGAUAUUGUCCCCAUCACAUUCUCCCGAGCGAGUUACCGCAACAGCAUCAUUGGCGACGUGUCAGUGAGCACCGUGGAUUUCUUCGAGCGGGAGCAUCCGCAGCAGCAGCAGCAGCCUGGUGGGUCUGGCGUCUCACCGGUGCGGCUCACCUCUGUGUGCCAGAUGGCGUGGUAUGGCGACAGUGAUGCGGCUUCCGUGGCGCAGGACAUCCGCUUGGUGCUGUUCGACAGCUUCCUGAUGGUGUAUGAGGUGGGGGCGUCGCAGAGCGUCGGCAGCCACGACCGCGUCAUCACGUUUGAGCGGCUGCGGGGGCGUGUGAAGACGGGGCGCGUUUCGGUGCGCACGAUGUUUAUUGAGUCGAGCAGCCGCCGAACAUCACACACGGGUGCGCUCCACGGGCACGUGCUGCUCAUCAGCGCCAACGAUGACGGCCCGCUGUUCGAAGACUCUGACGCAGGCGGGGGCGGCGAGGGGAAGAAGGCAGCGGUGCCCCUCUCGGGCAGCGGAAGCGGCAGUCGCAGCAACGGCAGCAGCAAGAAGAAAAGCGACAGGAACACCUCUGCGGGGUCCGUGGCGCCGUGCGAGAGCGAGGGCAGCUCGGUGACGCGGCACACAAUGGUGCUGAAGUUCUACCACGCGCGGGAGCAGGAGCGGUGGUUGAAUCUCCUCGAGGGCCCACGUGAGGCGGCGCACUGGCGCGCGUACCUGCAGACACUCACCACACCCGACGCCUUCAACCUCUUUCUCACGCGGCUCCUAUUCCAAAACCUCCGCACGACUGCCCUUGCGAACUUCAUCCGCAGCAAGAUACAGGCGAAGCUCCACAAGCUGAGCGUCACAAAAUUCCCGCGGGAGAUCGAGGGGGAGAUUAUCGUGAAGGACUUUGUCUUGGGCGAGGAGGUGCCCAUAUUCAGCAACGUGACCGCACCAACAGUGACAGAGAAGGGGGAAAUGGGCUUUGAAUUCGACUUGCUGUACCGUGGCGGGGCGAUCCUGAGCCUGCUGCUCAACCUCACCUACCGCGGUAUCCGUAUCCCACACGUCGUCAUCUCGGUGAAGAUAGUGCGUCUCGCCGCGCGUAUACACAUGAGCGUGGGGCCGCCGCCCAGCAAGACGUUUUGGCUCGGCGGCCUCGCUCCGCCCGACGUGCGGGUGGAGGUGCACCAGGGCAUCGAGUCCGGCAGAGGGCUGCUGCACCUCAUCCUCACCUCCCUGCCGGACCUCAGCAAUAUCGCAACAAACCUCAUCAAGCUCUACCUCAUCCAAGACAUGGUGCUGCCGGUGAUGGACGACUUCCCGCUGCCCAACGUGGAGAAAACGCCGCAGGGCUCCCCAUCCAAGGCGGGGAAAAAGUCAUGGAACACGCGGUUCGAUAGGCAAAACGCAGCAGCGCGUAGUCGCGUUAGUGGCGACGUACUGCGGGCCACUCAACCAUCGGCAGCAACAGGAGCAAGCCCUGUGGUAGCUGCAGCUGCUGAUGCAGCAACUCUAGCGGUGAACAGCAGUACCUAUAGCAACAGUCCCCAUCCAAGCCCAGCCUCACUCACAGUGGAAAGCAGCUUGAGAUGCUUGGACGAGUCCGGUACAUUGAGCAGCUCAAGGGUGACCGGAGAGAACCCAUCCUGUAGUGCAAACAAAUCUCCACGUGUUUCUUCCACAUUGCCGCCAAAUUCAGAGGAUGCACGGCGAUCCCAAAUAAAGGUAAAGGCCCGUGAGAUUAUGCGGCUUCCUGUCAGGUGUGCCUCUGGCCUGCCAGCCCAAGCGGGUGCUGAUCCGAAGGUGAAGACCAGGAAUAGUUGA